AUGGAGCUAAGAACUAGACGUAGCGCAGAGGCUUAUCUUGUCACGCCUGAAGAACCUGUCAAGAAUAAGAAUGAAACAAACGUGGAAUCCAAUGACAGGCUUCCUUCCAGAGAAGUAAAGAGUGAAAAUACAAGUGUAUUUAGUCCCGCUUACUCCGACACUGCUAUUAUUGGACCGACUAAAAAAAUUGACGACAAUGAGUACUACAAUUUUACUAGCCAUUUUAUGCCAUCUUUGAAAAACACAAGAGAGCUAGAAAACACAAUCCUUAAUCUCAUACAGAGAAUAAAGGAAGGCGAUGAUGAAACUUUAGUAAGUGAAAAAGAUCACAUACUAAGCGUGCUUAACCGAUCUUUAGCAUCCACGUCCCAUUGGAUGUUACAGGCCCAGCUAUCGGAGUUGAGAGCCACUUCAGAGGGAAGAUAUGCAGUAGAAACAAACCUGUUGAAAAAGGAAGUAGAAUUCUUAAAAAACAAGACGCCAAAGGCCAGCGAAAAUUUAGAUUCCGCAGAGUUACAACCCCCUCCCGAACAGCGGUUGAAACGUAAACUGUCCUUACCAGGGUUAACACAAAGACCAUUAUCCACUGGCGCUAGAUUAGAAGGUGGGUGUGGAAGUGUGCCGGAGCAUUCGUGGAAAACAAAAGUCCCAAGGCUCCCCCUCACUGCUUCUCGACCAUCCCCAAUAAUUACAGAUAAAAGUGCGGAAGAAAACAAAAUUGACACAUUAAAAUUGGUUGAGAACAAUAAACCGCAUCCAAGGAUGAGAAGAAGGAGUGAUAAUCCAGCAACGAACGAAUAUGUGAGAGUUUUUCAUUUAGAGAAAAAGGAACCUAAGCCACGAAGAAAAUAA